AAAAAUGACUUCAGUCUCUCCACUCCGCUGCAAAGCCAUGUGUCUGCCUCAUGACCUCUCUCCUCCUCCUCUCAGCUGCCAAGCCCUGCCUUUACCUCACACACUGUCUCCACCUCGCAGCAUCCCUCCGUCUCCAGUGGGCUCCUCAGCGCUGGCUUCACCUCGCAGCAUCCCUCCGUCUCUAGUGGGCUCCCCAGCGCUGUCUCCACCUCGCAGCAUCCCUUCGUCUCCAGUGGGCUUCCCAGCGCUGUCUCCACAUCGCAGCAUCCCUCCGUCUCCAGUGGGCUCCCCAGUGCUGUCUCCACCUCGCAGCAUCCCUCCAUGUCCAGUGGGCUCCCCAUCAUUGUCUCCUCCUAACAGCCUCCCUCCAUCUCCAUUAUGCUCCACGGCACUGUCUACAAAUCGUGGACAUCCUCAUUCUCCACUCACCUCUGCAGGAGAGGCUGUCCAGGCAUCAGCCACAGACACCGUUAUAGAAACAUGUGUGAGAGAGGCCUGGAAAGGAAAAAAAAGUAUAUGUACUCCCUUCCAAAAUUGGGCCAUUCAAGGUGUACUUUGAAGACAUUCAUCGCACAGCACCAAAUAUGGAAGUGGAAAGUGAGGUCAUGAAUGCCUAUAUGCCUCUCUUAGUAAAAUCUUUUAAUAAGGAGUCAAAGGGCAGAGCAAUAGCCAUUGACACUUUCGAAAUGUGCAGCAUAUGGCAACAGAAGCAGGCAAAAGUAAAGGUGAGCAUUUGAUCCUUAUUACAGUAGCAGUAGCUUGUUAAUUCAUGUUAAUACAUUGCAGAAGCUUUACUGUUUUUUGAGCCUGGUAGCUGUGUCGUCCGAAGCUCAGACAAGUGCUCAGACAGGUGCUCUUUAGGCAAAUUUCUCCCAGGAAAGAAGGCCAGACAAAGAGUUGUCUGGCAUUUGUAGUAUACAAUCAAAAAAGCUUUUAGUAAAUUAGAAAGAGAAACAAGACAGUUAGUCAAACAUUGAUUCUUUACAAAAGCAUGCAUCCAAUAUGCUAAAUGCGGACAGAAUGGUUGUCAUGCAUGCAUAUUAGUGGUAGUAGUAAUAGUACUUUAACAAUAUCUUCUAACAUGCAAUAGAAAUGUAUUUUUGGCUAAAGGCAUUUUGUAUUAUAAAACAUGUUCUGUCACAAGACCUGUCAUUAAAUUACAUUAAACUUGUGUGAGUGUUUUUGUAGCUGGAUCCUCAGGACUACAAGUACAUCCUUGGGAUCAUAAAUGCCUGCAACCAUUGGACCCUGAUGGUAAUAUAUUUUUCUCAUAACUGCAUUCAACUAUUUAUGCUGUUAGAUUUUAAAAACAUUUGUGUUGUUCCACAAUCCAAAAAUGCAUGUCGUUUAAGCCAGUGUGCCACAUUGGGGUUACGGGGGUCUAUGGAAAAGUCUAAAGAUAAUCUGUAAAAAUUAAAUGUUAAAUAAAUAAAUGCAUACACACAUACAUAAUUAGAUAAAUACAUAAAAGGUAAAUAAAGAAAUUAUAUUAAAAUCGAUCAAUCAGUAAAUAUAAAACAAAUAAAUUAGAUUAAAAUAAAUGUGAAAAAAUGUAAUGUAAAACUGUAAAAAAAAUUUUUUAAAUAAUAUAAUUAAUAAAAUACAUAAAAGGAGCAUGGAAAAGUGUAGUGAAGGCCAUAUAAUUUAAAAAUAAAUAUUAAAAUGUGCAAAUAAAUUACAUAUUUUACAUGUAACAUUUUUACAUAAAUAAAAUAAAUAAAAAGUGGUUAAAUGACAAAUUAAAAAAAUUUAACUGUCAUGGAUUCAGUCUCAUUGUACGCUAGGAUGCUCUAAGAAAAGGAUCAGAUAAAAUAUUGUCACAUACAUCAGUAUUCCCUCAGACUGUUCUCUGUUGUCACAUACCUUGAGUUUACCUGCUGUGUUAAGAGAUCCUGUGAAUAAAGUCAACAUUGUUGUUACGUCUGUGUCCACUUCCUGUGG